CGUGCGCGCACCACGGAUCUUUUCUUUGCACCGCUCCUGCGUGCGCGCUCACGAGCUUCCAGCGCCCGCCGAAGUUUCUCUCGCGCUCCUCGUUGCUGGUCGCUCUCUGGACUCCUCCGAAGCGCGCGCUGGAAUAAACCCUCCUCCUUCUCUUCUUUCUCCCCCUCCACCUCCCCCUCUUCCUCCCCCUGAAGCUCGCGCGGCUCCGCAACAGCAGCAGCGCUGGUGAUGCGCCUGGAUCGGCGCGCGCAAGCAGCACCGAGAUAACAUCCGCGCGCUUCUGUUCCCGGGACUUUCUGCGCCAUUAUCUCCCGGUCUUUCCUCCUCUAAGCCGGAAUAGUGAAGCAAGUUUUCCCGCUGGAUUUAUUGGCAUGGAUACCGUGGCCGCGAGGAUGCAGCAGGGCGCUCGUGCGUUUGGGAACCUUUAGGUGGGGAAAGGCAAAAACGCUGGAGAGGAAUUAAACAAGGAUACACGGCAGCACUUCACCAAGAACCACCAUGCACGUGCAUAUAUACGGCUUCCUGCUGCUUUUGGAUGAGCUUGUGGUCAGCAUGUCCAGUUCCUCGGCUCUGUCUGCAUCCGGUCCUCAGCAGGAAUGGGUGGACUGUGUAAAGGCCAGUGAGGUCUGUAACCAGAACCCUCAGUGUAGCUCCCGUUACCGCAUCAUGAGGCAGUGCCUGGUGGGCAAAGACUGGAACACCAUGCUGGCUAAUAAGGAGUGCCAGGCGGCUCUGGAGGUUCUGCAGGAGAGCCCGCUGUACGACUGCCGCUGUAAAAGAGGCAUGAAGAAGGAGCUCCAGUGCCUGCAGAGCUACUGGAGCAUCAACAUGGGCCUGAGUGAAGGCGAAGAUUUCUACGAAGCGACUCCAUAUGAGCCUCUGCCUCCUGUCCGUCACUCCGAUGCCUUCCGCCUGGCCUCCAUCACUUCUGGUAUGCAGAUCUAUGCAGGUGUAGGAAUGCGUCUGCCGCUGUGCUCUGGCCCCGGUAAUUGUAACCCCUGCCUGGACGCCACUAAAGCCUGUAACCUGAAUGAUAACUGUAAACGGCAGCGCUCGAACUACAUCAGCACCUGCACGCGGGCCACGGGUCAGCAGGGUCAGCAGCAGCAGGACAGCUGCAACAGGAAGCGCUGUCACAAAGCCCUGCGGCAGUUCCUGGAGCGCGUGGAGUCUCAGUACACCUUCGGCCUGCUGUUCUGUGCCUGCCGCGAUAAGGCCUGCGCCGAGAGACGCCGGCAGACCAUCGUCCCCAACUGCGCCUACGAGGACAAGAACAAACCCAACUGCCUGCAGCUCCGCAAGACCUGCAGGCUGGACGCUCUCUGCAGGUCAAGACUGGCGGACUUCCACACAAACUGUCAGAUGACCCACGACUCCGUCAGCGGCUGCCCGAACGACGACUACCAGGCCUGCCUGACCGCCUACACCGGCCUAAUCGGCACCGAAAUGACUCCAAACUACGAGAACAACAAUCACGAGGACUUCACCAUCUCACCCUGGUGCACCUGCCAGAACAGCGGCAACAAGGAGGAGGAGUGUGACAAAUUCCUCAAGGACUUCAACCAGAACACCUGCCUGCAAAAUGCGAUUGUGGCUUUUGGCUACGGGAUGUUUAAGUUUGAUCCCACGUUUGGGACGACCUCCGUGAACCCUGAGCCCAGCAUGGAGCCCAAAUCCACCCCCAGCCCCAACAGCACCAGAGCUGCCACUGAGGAAAGCGCAGAGACCUGCAGCCCCUCCAAAGGCUUCGGGUGUAACGAGGCUCUCAUCGAACCCGAAACAGUGGUGCCAAAAUUCAACACGAGGAACCGGAGCCCAGGCCUGAAGCUCAGCGUUGGCGUCUGGAUCCUGUGGUUGAUUUACACUGCAGGAAUCUUCGCUAUCUAAACCUGCCUGAGACGCGAGGACAGGACCUUACGAGACCAGUCAACAAAAUCUCCAAACGACCAAAUUCUCUGCUCGUGUGUCCUCUCUCUACUACUACAGCUUUAUUUGCGUCCAAAUUAAAGAGAAAGAAACCAAGAAAACGGUGGAAUUUGCAGAACGGAGGGACACAUAUCCGAGACUAAAGUGCCCAGCGAGUGAGAACCGCGGCGGAAAAGACGGACAAGUGGACGUUCCUCGCUUCGGACGUUCUCUUGGGAAUAAACUGACCGUGCGCUUUGCUGCCCUGGUAGACUCGUGGCUAAGAUCUUAGUGGACUUUCUGGGAGUCUACCGUACAGCUUCUUCUCUCGCGGAUGUUUGGUUGUACUUGUGUGAUCUGUUCCACCCGCUGACCGACUCUGGACCGACACCUUUUCUCGCGAAUCCUCCGCAUCAAGCCCCGACUUCUGACGGAUUUUUUUCGCACUCUUUCCACCCUGACAGGUGCUUCUGCUUUUUUCGCAUUGUGGUUUUUUCUUAUUUUUUUCACAGCACCUUCUUUCUUUUUCUUUUCUCCUCCUUUGCGCCGGAGGAGUAAUUACUUUUCUCUCGUGGUUCUUUUUUCAAUGCGAAGUUGUUUGAAGUAUAAAUCUGUAGCCUGUCGACAUGGUGUGAGGGCGUGUCGCCGCUGACAAGCUUUCUUGUUCCUGUUCUGUGCUUUUCUGACGGAUUGAAAUAAAAAAGAGAAGAAAAAAAAAAGAAAUAUAAAAAAAAAAAAAAAUUAAAGAAACGUUGAAGCGCUUCUGAAAAGUACUAAUCGAUCAAGAGGUGGACUGGCACUUGCGGAGUAUUUGUUCUAGUUUAAAGUGGAUUUACGGUUCUAAUGGGCUGCCCACGAGUACAGUAUAAUUUCCGUCUGUGAAUAUGAAAAUGUUCUCUCUUUUUUUUCCUUUCAGCUGUACAGAUCAUGAUUAUUAUGUAAAGUCUUUACGUCAAGGUGGAGAACAGCGAAUGGUGGAAUUAUAGUUCUGCUGAGGUGACUGAGUGGCAGUUAGGGUGUGUUUUCUUAUACAUGCACUUAUUAAAUCUGUGUCCUCGGGCGUUUAUGACCUGCACCCACUCUUAAAACCAUACAGCACCAGUCAAAAGUUUGGACCCAGUUGAAUGAGUACUUUUCAUCGUCAUUCAGGCCUAAACCUGGCCUAAAGUAGGUCACUUGCCACAAUAUAUCGCAUUCUGUAGCUUCAUCGUUUUUGCACAUCUGACUACAAUAUCCAGCAUGCAUUACGCAAAUGCAUCAUGCAGCCAAUUGGAAUCCAGUCUUGCCCACUGAUCAAUAGGCUAACAAAUACAACCAAACUUCACCUUGGCGUUGGCAUCUUCACAGGUAUAAAUUUGAAGCCCUAACCCGAUCGAUACCGCUGAACUUGUGACCUGAACCCAAUCCGAGUCUAAAGUCGGCUCAGCGUCUCGUUCAAAAUUCCCUUCCCACCUUACAUGGUGCCGCAUUUAAGGUGGAACAUAACAUUCAAGCAUGCUCUUGAAUGGCUGAAGCCUAAGCUUGACCUCCUGGCCUGUCUGAACUAACGCUAUGCUCACUUUCAGUCAGGACCACAUAGUCAGAAAAAGUACUGCUUCCUUUUGAGGUAAUUAGAUUUGGUGGUAUCUCUCUUUCCUGGGAGCAACAGAAUGACCGUACCUCCAUAGGCGUACCUCCGGCCGGCAGGAGCGGGCACCCUGAUGAAUUUAGCCAGUUGAAUGCAUAGCAGACGAUCAGCUGGGCCAUCAGCUGACUGAGAUCAACAGCUGGUGAUCUGAGAUUGAGGCCUGAGCUCGACAUCACGGCCGGCCUGAGCUGACGCUGCGCUCAAUUUCCGUCAGGACCACUUUGUCAGAGAAAAUGUUUCCACUUGCAGUCGUUGGAUUUGUUUUGGGACCUCCCUGCUCUUCCAUGUGCACACAUGGAAAGCCUAAGGCAGGAAGAGCAGCAGAAGGACCCCCAAAAUUACCAUACCAAGCAAACCACCAGACAGAAGGAGCUCGCAAAGUUCUUUCAGAGGAAGCAGCAAGACUAAAGCAGCUUUAAACAACACCCUGAUGAAUUGAGCCAGUUGAAUGCAUCUCAGGUGAUCAGCUGGGCCAUCAACUGAUUGAGAUCAGUCGGUAACAGCUGGUGAUCUGAGAUUGAGGCCUGAGCUCGACUACACGGCCUGCCUGAACGCCGUGCCACUGCUGGCCAAGCCUGGCAGAAAACAGCAUCGAUACUGCUGCCACUCUAGAGCAGGAAUAUCAAACUGGGGACCUUCUGGACCAAAGCACUUUGGAGAUCGGUGAUGAGCUGAUGAGCUGAAUCAGGUGUGUUUAAUGAGACAGUAUGUUGAAGUCUGCAGUGCUUUGGUCCACGAGGGCUGGAACCUGACCCCCUGCUCUGGAGACACUGACACCGCCGCAGGAGGACAGAAGAUAUAUUUACACCUGAUUUAGUGAUGGUUACAAUUUCCACUUAUCUCAGAAUUUCUUAAUUAGUAGCAAUACUUGGCUCAGCACCAAUAAAACCAUGAGCAGUCAAUAUCGGCUUAUGUCAUCGGCCAGUCGAUACAUUGGCCAAGCUGUAAUGCCUGUGUUCGUUCGUUUUGCGAUGCCCUGCCAAGUCAUUUUCUGUUCUUCAGUUCUGUUGGAAAAACAUCUCAGGUGGUUCCUCCUGAUGUUUCUUGAGAAAACGCUAGGAGCAUGUAAGGCUGCAUUAAUGUGGGCCUACUUUCAAAGCAAUUCCAUCCCAUGUUUUUAUUUAUUUAUCUUUUUUUUUGUAUUUUAUUAUCAUGUCUUUGCGAUUAUUCGGAAAUGUUGAAAAGUUAAGGAAAAGCCUUUUUUGAGAAUCAGAAUCAGGAUUCUUUAUUGAUCCCAGAGGGAAAUUGCAGUUAUUACAGUUGCAAUCAUUCAUGUAAAAGAAUAAACACUUUAAUAAUUUAAAACAAAAUUCGUAUGAAUACAAUAAACUGAUGGUGGCUGUGAUAAUAAAAAUGAAGCAUACUCUUUAAAGCAGUUCAAAUUAUUGCACCUCUGAGUUUUUGCACACGUAAUUAUCAUUACACAUAUGGACAGUUAGGUAUUGAGUUUUGCACGGAUAAACCAUAGUAUGACACGCUGAGGGAGGAGUGAUAGAGUUUGAUGGCCACAGGUAAGAAUGACCAACUGUGGCGCUCUGUGGUCAUUUCGGUAGAAUGAGUCUGGCACUGAAUGAGCUCCUGUGUCUCAUGUGGAGCCAUUGUCCAUAACGGCCUGCAGCUUAGACGGCGUCCUCCUCUCCGACACGGCCGUCAGCAAGUCCAGCUCCACGCCCGUAACACCACCGGCCUUGCGGAUCAGUCUGUUGAGUCUGUUGGCGUCUGCCACCCUCAGCCUGCUUCCCCAGCAUGCGACAGCAUAGUGGACAACAAUCGACACCACAGAGUAGGUGUGUCCAAACUUUUGCCUGCUGCUGUAUGAGCCAAUCAAUUUCUGGCCACACUAAAUGAUGAUAUCCGCCAAAGACGCGGGCAGGUGAACGCAGAGGGCUAAAGAAAGUUAAACUUGUGAAAACAAACUUUUUAAUUUUACAAUGUCCUUCUUGCCAAAUGUGCCCCAGAUUGCAUUAUUUUAUGCAUCGUGUGUUCAGUUUUUGCAAAAGCACCAGGAAAACACGUUUCAGUAUUGGAGACACACCCUAAGGAACGAGCGGAGGUGCCAAUGCGACGAGUUAUUAACAGCCAUUGUGUAAUCUGUCUAAUAUUUGAAUAGAAAUGUAUACAAAAUAAAACCUCAUUAACAAUC